UGACCACACACUGGAGACAACUUUUUCUGAAGAGUACCUGUAAGUGUUCAUCUGAUUCUCAAAUCCAAAAUGGUGAAGUAUGAAGUGAUUGUAUCCAAUUCAAGCCUCGCUCAGGCAGCCACCACAAACAAUGUCUUCAUUAAGCUGGUGGGCACAGACGGGGAGAGUAAGCGUACGUGGCUAACAAGCAUUAAAGGAUCUGCCACCUUCCUCCUGGGAGCUGAGUCUAAAUUUUCCGUGAGCUGCCCCACCUCUCUUGGAAAGCUGGUGCUGAUUGAACUUGACAAAAAGCCUCUUCCGAUGUUUCCAGAAAACAACUGGUUUCCCAACACGAUCAAAGUUAAAUCCCCAGAAGGUGACAUAUACACCUUUCCCAUCUAUCGCUGGAUUGCUGGAAGGGAGGUUCACCUGUUCAGAGAAGGGACAGCUCUACGAAUCAUCGAUGACAAUCAUCAUCUUGGCAAGUACAGCAGGGAGAAGGAGCUGAAGCUGAGAGGAGAACUGUACAGAUGGGAUGUUUAUAAAGAGGGACUUCCUCACUGCAUGAAAGCAGACAACGCUUCCUCUUUGCCUUGUGAGGUUGUCUUCUCUUUCACCAAAACUAAAGAAUUUGCCCUCACUGCAGCCGCUGGGCUUGCAGAGCUGCAACUAAAGGGACUGUCUUCUUGCGAGCAGAAAUGGUCUGAUAUUAACGCUAUUAAAAAAGUCUUCUGCAACAAAAAAACAGACAUAUCAGAAUAUGUCCAGCAACACUGGAAGGAUGAUGCUUUUUUUGGCUACCAGUAUCUCAAUGGUGUCAACCCCAGUUUGAUCCGACGUUGUUCAGCCCUGCCUGAAAACUUCACUGUAACUGAUGAGAUGGUGUUUCUCCGUGGUGGGGGAUGCUUAUCUGGAGAAAUACAGAAAGGAAACAUAUACCUGUGUGACUACAAGCAAUUGGAUGGAGUCAAACCAAACACCAUCAACGGGAAGAAGCAGUACUUGAUGGCUCCCCUCGUUCUGCUCCACAAAACGCCAGAUGACAAGCUGAUGCCAAUCGCUAUUCAGCUGAAGCAGACUCCAGGAGAAGACAAUCCCAUCUUUUUUCCUACUGAUUCCGAGUACGACUGGUUGAUGGCCAAGAUUUUUGUGAGAAGUGCAGAUUUCAGUGAACACCAGCUCAAUGCUCACCUGCUGCGCACUCAUCUGCUGGCUGAAGUGUUUGCUGUGUCUCUGCUGCGCAAUGUGCCCAUGGUGCAUCCACUGUACAAGCUCCUCAUUCCUCACACUCGCUACACCCUGCAGAUCAACUUCUUGGCUCGACUUGCUCUAAUAUCUGAGACUGGAGUUUUCACAAAGUUCGCAGCUUCUGGUGGAGAGGGUAUGAUCACAAUCCUGAAAAGAUCACUGUCUUCAAUGACCUACAGCUCCCUUUGCUUACCAGACGACAUCGCUGAGCGUGGGAUGAUAUCUGUGCCCAACUACCACUACAGAGACGAUGGACUCAAGCUUUGGGAUAUCAUCCACAAGUUUGUGAAGGGAGUGCUUUGCCACUACUACAAAACCGACGCUGAGGUUCACCAGGACUCUGAACUGCAGAAGUGGAUUCAGGACAUUUUUGAACACGGAUUCCUCUCCCAGUCGAGCACAGGAAUCCCUCAAAGUUUUAGCUCAGUGGAUGAAUUGAUCAAGUUUGUUGCCAUGGUGAUUUUCACUUGCUCAGGCCAGCACUCAGCUGUCAACUCUGGACAGUAUGACUAUGGUGGCUGGAUGCCCAACACUCCCAUCACCCUGCAACGUGCUCCACCGACCACCAAGGGGACAACAAGCGAGGACACCAUGCUGCAAACGCUCCCUGACGUCAACGUGACAGUUCAGGGAAUGUCUACAUUGUGGCUACUCAGCAAACAGUCCUCUGACUUUGUCGCUCUCGGACAAUUCGCAGAGGAUCAUUUCUGUGAGGAGAUUCCCUCCAAGCUCAUCAAAGACUUUCAAGGACAACUUGAAAUUCUAAGCACAGUUAUCAAAACCAGAAACAAGAGUCUGGAAGUCCCAUACACAUACAUGGACCCUGCACUGCUGGAAAACAGUGUGGCUAUCUGAACACGGCAGUGAACAUCCCCUUUUCUGACUUUUUUUAUGGACAUUUUGCUGAUAAGGCAUCUCUUUCAUCCCUUAAGGGUUUGUGUCCUCAUAAGGGGAAUCCUAAUUAGUCUUUAAACUGUAUACUGAUGACUUUUUAUUGAAACUGUGAUUGUAUAAAGCUCAUUUCAAACCUUCUCAUGGCAACUUUGCCACUGGGCAAACUCAUUUUUUAGCAUUUGUAUGCCAGACACAACUCAGGUAAGCUUUCCUCUGCAUAAAAACAGCUGUGUUAACUGUGCAUUACAACCAUUUUAGCAACAGUUUAACUCAUAUAGUCUCUAUUUUUUUCUUUCUUUGAAGCAUCUGAACAUAUCAGGGACAAAUCUCAUAGCAUAUUUGCACUUGUUGACCCAACACUGCCAGGUGUGACUCUAACGCAUCUCUCUUGAUCUCGUUUCACCUUUUCUAUUGCUCCAUAAUUUUGACAAUGUUGCGCUUUUGUGUCAAUCAUUUAUGCCCCUGUACUAUCAUGCAAUUGUAAUAUAACUUUGGCAAUAAUAAAAUGAGGUGAUGGUAGAUUA